AUGGACUCACAUCCUUCCCCCACCAAGCAAAAGGCCUCCAAGCAAGCCUGCGACAACUGUCGUCGACGUAAGAUCAAAUGCUCGCGCGAGCUGCCCUGCGAUAAGUGUCGACGCCUGCUUCUUUCUUGCUCCUACAGUGAUGUGCUCCGGCGCAAAGGGCCCAAGUUUCGCACCUUAUAUCCGCUUGCGCCCAUUCAUCCACUGGUAUCAAGACAACAGAAUUCAUAUCAACACAAUCCGUCACAUAAUCCGCUGAACAAGCAAUGGACUACAGAUGGAGUGGGCUAUCCGUUAAGCUCACCGAUGUCGCCUUCCUUUACAGUGGCAGACCCUCAAUACUUACCCCAUGACGCCCCUGAGCCGUUUUCUCAGCUUCCCCCACCAGAGCUAGUCUCCUCGCCCGAUUCAACCAAUUCAUUGUCAGACUCCAGUAUGGCACUAGUGCGCCCUUAUGCACGACGCCUGUCCGCUCCGGUGCUACUGGCUCAUGUGAAUGUCUAUCUGAAGUAUCUGUUCCCCAUCAUGCCUGUGGUCCGGAAGGAGGAGCUGCAACAAGAUUGUCACCAGCCUGAACGUUUAUCGCCCCAACGAUAUGUCUUUCUUGUCGCCCUAUGCGCAGCCACACAUAUCCAACUCAAGCUGGAUGGCACAGCAUCUGUCCCAGAACCUUCGCACCUGCAAGCCGGGAUUGACGGGCAUUCCUGGAUGUCCGGCGAAGAGUUGCUGGCUGAAGCAGUACGCGCAAGGAAGGAUUGCGACCCAGUAGAUGGAAUGAACAUAGAAAGUCUUCUUACAUCUUUCUUUCUGUUUGCUUCGUAUGGCAAUCUGGACAGACAGGACCAUGCCUGGUUCUACCUCUGUCAAGCAACUUCUAUGGUCUUCACGCUGGCACUGCACCGGGAAUCAAGUUAUGUGGAUCUUAGUAUCGAAGAAGCCGAGGAACGGCGCAGGGUGUUCUGGCUACUGUUUGUCACAGAAAGGGGUUACGCACUUCAACAAGCGAAACCGGUAAUGCUGCGCAAUUCAAUCCGCAAGCCGCAAGUGCUUUGCUCAGAAGAUCCUAUCUUAGCAUACGGUUUCAUCAAUCUAAUCAGCAUCUUCGAGAAAUUGACCGUCAACCUUUAUGACUGGGUCUCUGCGGGAGGCAUGGAUGGCUCGUCCGAGAUGCCCCCUACGUCUGCUAUUCAAUCUAGUCUCUGCAACGCGAUCUCGGUCGACGGUGUUUCGGAGAUCCAAAAGGUCGACAUACUCAUCACCCAGCAAUGGCUACAGACAGUAAUGUGGAAACUUUCUAUGACUCGCGCCACUCAGCCUGGGUCUCGCGAUGAGGCAGUCCUCCCCUUUCACCUCCCCGUCCUUGUCGGCAAAGCCGUUAUGAACGUUAUUGGUGCUGCAUCCCAGGGAGCUGUUGACGCUCACGGCAUUGGCAUGGAACAAAAACUAUUCGACCUGGGUUCCUCAGUCGCAGACGUGGCACGAUCGCUCAAUACUAAAGCCGCGCACCGUCUUACUGAAGCGGCCGUCGAUCCCCGCGAACUCCUUUGGGGCAUCCUCACUACCUUAUCACGCAUCCGCGGCUCUCAGUCGUACCUCUUCCCCUCAUUGUUGGAGCGGUGCAAAGGCGCUAUGGAUUUCACAUCCCCCACGUCAAUGGGCAAUUUCCUCCCUCCAUUAUCCACUGCUCCCACAUGGGAAGAGGAAACCGGACUCGCCGUUGUUACGGUUCCGGAGAAUCCCGAUUCCCAUGAACCAGAGACAGCACUAAUGGAGCCACUAUCACAACUUCUACCCACUCCACAGGUGCAAUUUCCGGAAAACAAUCUUUUGAACUAA